UGAAGCGCUUCAGCAUCAGCUGACCCAGCUCCUGGAGGAAGAGGAGGAAGAGGAGAAGGAGGAGGUUGGGCUGGGGGCGUCCCCGGGGCGUCCGUCCAGGGCCCAGCCUGCAAAAUGAGGUUCCGGUUCUGUGGCGACCUGGACUGUCCAGAUUGGGUCCUAGCAGAGAUCAGCACAUUGGCCAAGAUUUCUUCUGUCAAGUUGAAGCUGAUCUGCAGCCAGGUUCUGAAAGACCUGCUGGGACAAGGGAUCGAUUUCGAGAAAAUCCUGAAACUUACAGCUGACGCUAAGUUUGAAUCUGGAGAUGUCAAGGCCACCAUUGCAGUGCUCAGCUUCAUCCUGUCUAGCGCAGCCAAGCACAACGUGGACAGUGAGUCCCUUUCCAGUGAGCUGCAGCAGCUGGGACUCCCCAAAGAACAUGCCUCUGGAUUGUGCCGUUCCUAUGAAGAGAAGCAGGGGUCCCUCCAGGAGAGCUUGAAGGCCAGCAGCCUGAGGUUGAGCAGACUGGAUAAUGUUGCCUGGCGGGUGGACUACACAGUUAGCUCCAGCCAGCUCUGCCAAGUUCAUGAGCCUGAGGUGCACCUGAGGCUGGAUGUGCGGCGUGACCCAAUGGGUCUAGCAGAGCCCAUCGCCAUGACGCUGUCAGUGAAAAAGUUCCAAGUUCUGUUGACAGAACUCAAACAAGCACAAGCCUUGAUGAGUUCCCUGAGCUGAAAGCUAUCAGACAGCAAGAAGAGGAAGCCGAGGAGUGGGGCUGGCUCCGCUCAGACCUAAACCUCACUGGUCAGUCUCUCUUCAGUGUUUGAGCCCGUGCCCUUCCCCCCGUCUGUAACACCCAUUCGAUCUGUCCAACAGACCUGGCUGUGGUUGGCCCCCAUUUUCAGGGUGGCUCAGUCCCAGAGAGCUCAGCAAAAGAACCUGGGUGGGUUGGGAACCUUCUAAGGUGCUUUCCUGAUGUCCAUCUGCACCACCACCUCCCCCCAAUUUUGUACCUUUUUACUGAUGGGCAGAAGGAAUAAAUGUUGUCAGUGAGUUUGUGUA